UGUCGAGACUUAUCGCCGGCUAUUAGCUGGGAACCCGACGGAUCUGGCUCACACGAAUGGCUUCUGCCCUCAUUGCCACUCGAGAUGAGCCGUCGUGGGGGUGAAGGCAAAGUUUAUACGAGGAAGUACUUCAAUAAAAACACCGCUACUACCUCCAUUAAUCCUCUUCUCGAGCCCAACCUGAACCAAUAUCAUAAUCCGCGCUUUAACGGGCAGAUCCAUGGGCUCUCCCGGCAGAGUAAAGAGUCAGUGGCUGUCCCGGCUGUGCCGGACGUUACUAUGUCACCGACUCUGAAAUCCAUGAGCUUCAAUGAGACGAAGAAAUCGUCGUUACAUGGAAGUCACGUGACCUUCAAUCUGGCUACUUACUCGAGGCGAGGGCUGUCGGAGCUGAAGAAACGCUUGAUCUCGGAGCUCCGGCAGGUCCGCAGUCUAAUUACUCGGAUCGAGUCUGGAGACUUCGGGUUCGGACCUGGAUUCCCGUCAACUCAGUCUUCUCUGACCCACCGGCCUCCGCCGCUGCCUCGUCAGGUCAACUGCGAAGUAGAUUUACCGAAGCCGAAAGGGAAAUGUACGCCUAAUGCGAACCACCGCCGCCAAUCUUCGGAACUUCUGACCGUGAAGAACAAGAGGCCGGGUCCGAAGAUCUCUGGCACCAAGCGGAGCAGCCCUUUCGGUUUGGGGAAGGAUGCGAAGCGUUCCGCGCUGGAGCACCCCGUGACGGAGAAGCUCACCAACAGCAUGAUGAAAAGGUGCGGACAUAUUUUGAGAAAGUUGAUGAAGCACAAGUUCGGUUGGGUUUUCAACGUUCCAGUUGACAUUGCCAAAUUGGGCCUCCACGAUUAUAAUCGCAUCGUCAAGACCCCAAUGGAUCUUGGCACCGUCAAAUCCCACUUGCAGAAGAACCUAUACAUUUCGCCGCUCCAUUUCGCGGCCGAUGUGAGGCUGACUUUUAACAAUGCCCUGCUUUACAAUCCCAAGGGAACUGAUGUCAAUUUCAUGGCGGAACAGCUCUUGUCCAUGUUCGAUGCGAUGUUCAACCCGGCAUACAACAAAUUCGAGGCCGAACAACACCGAGUGUCAAAAACAAUAAAAGAAUCACGGUCUAUGGUUUUGACUCAACAAACGCAGAGAGCCACCUCUGGUCCCAUGCCCGAUGCCGUUGCGAAGAAAUUGGACUCUGCCAUGGCGCGAUCACGACCCACAUUCUCAAACCCAUCACAGCCCCCAGCUCCAGUGCGGUCAAUGCCAAUUCCAAUGCUGGCUCCGGUUCCAGUUGCGAAGCCAAUCGUGGCACAGAGACCGUUGAAGCUGCCGAAGCCAAAAGCAAAGGAUCCGAACAAGAGGGAAAUGAGCUAUGAGGAGAGGGCGAAGUUGGGGCAGAGUUUACAGAAUUUACCGCCAGAGAAGACGGAGCAGUUUGUGCAGAUUUUAAAGAAGAGAAAUGGGCAUUUAGUGCAGCACGGGGACGAGAUCGAGCUUGACAUUGAGGCCAUUGACACGGAAACACUAUGGGAGCUUGAUAGGUUUGUGACUUACCACAAGAAGAUGAUGAGCAAGAUGAAACGGCAAGGGCUCCUCAUCCAAAACAACAAUCAGAGAUCAACUGAAAUCCAAAUCGGCAACAAGUCUCCUUUGAGCGAGAUGGUGGCCGAGGCUGGGCUGGUACAGAAGAGCAAGAAAGGGGAAUUUUGGGAGGAGGAUGUGGACAUUGGAGAGGAAAUUCCUUUGGAAAACUUCCCGCCUGUGGUAAUUGACAAGGACGCAACUGCUUGUGCCGGUAGUGGGUCUAGUGGUUCGAGUUGUUCAACCUCUAGCAGUGACUCCUCUUCCUCUAGUGAUUCGGAUUCUGAAAGUUCUUCAGCAAGUGAUUCCGAUGCAGAAAGUGUGCAAUCACCGUUUGUAGAAUUGAAAGAAGCUCAGCGUACCUAAAGCUUUUUUAGCGCUUAGUAGGGCUUUGGGUUUAGAUGUAGAAGCUUGAGCUUAUUGAAGACAAAGUGAUGGUAGAGUGGUAGUACGUUAGUAGAAGGGCUUUAAGAUUGCCUGUGGCUUGUUUUUUUGGUUGCUUUCUCGCAUCGAUGCUGCAGAGAUUAAGCGAAUGACACAAAAGCCCUGGGCUGGCUUGGGUGUGGUUUCAUCAGUACCUUGCGUAAGUGUAAUGACCAGUUAGGCAUCUGAUGCAUUAGUGUUUGUAUGAAUGAUUGCACCAGUUAGGGGACCCAUAGACAGAGUAAUGAGAUAGAGAUAGGUAAGGGAGAUUCGUAGGAGCUGGGACUAGGUUUUUCAUUUUCAAGGACAGUGGAAUAUAUGAGAUGGGCAAGCGACGAAAGAAAUGGGAUAAUUUUUUUGUAGCAUACAUCACCACAUGAUUUUCACAGUGGUCAAGAAGCAAUAGCAGAAAAUAUGUACAGUGAGGAAAUCAUCUGAACAGAAGGCAAAUGGAAGCUUGUACAGUACUGGUUCUUGGUUCUGUCGGUUGAAUGAAAUGUGAAUGUUAAAAAAGAGUAUUUUGUAUACCAUUUAUGUUCCAGACAAAUCUCAAGUAUUUACUCAAUCCAUUGCCUCUUAUGCAACCAAUAUUAAAGAUGUUUUCUAUUCCUGUU